AUGUCAUCUCCAUUCAAAAACAUCCUCAUCGUCGGAGCGACAGGCUCUAUCGGUGCUAUUAUGCUGAAUGCCCUAAGCAAUGAGCCCUCAUUUAAAAUCAGCGUUCUGCAGCGUUCAUCAUCCAAGGGGAAAAUCCCGGCCGGCGUCCAAAUCAUCACUAUCGAUGAUUCAUACCCUUCUGAUGCACUCGUAUCCGCAUUCUCUGGUCAAGAUGCUGUCGUCAAUUGCAUGACAUCUUUGGCCGUCAGCGACCAACUGCGUUUCAUUGACGCUGCAGUACAUGCCAAGAUCAAACGCUAUGUCGCUUCUGAAUACGGUCUCAACAACAACAACCCCGACGCCAGAGCCCUGAAUUCAGUCUUUCGUGAGAAAGGCGAAGUCCAAGAUUAUCUCCGUUCCAAAGAGUCUGCGGGCUUAGAAUGGAUGGCCAUUGCUUGCGGCAUGUGGCUUAAAUGGAGUGCGCGUAACGACUUCCUCGGAAUGCAUCUCAAAGAGAAACGAUUUGUUCUCUGGGAUGACGGCAAUGGCUGGUUCAGCACCACUACCGAAGACAAUACCGCAUUGGCAAUGGUGAACGCUUUGAGCAAGAAGUGGGAACAGACGAAGAACAGGGUUGUAUGGCUAAGCGACUUUGCUAUCACACAAAACAUGCUUCUUGAAGCCAUCCAGCGUCUUAGUGGAAAGCAGUUGACUGUCGAAAGAGUCGACAGUGGCCAGCUCAUCAAGGAGAAGCAGGCUGCAGUGGCAGAGGGAGACCCAUAUGCCAUUUACUCACUGAUCGAAACUGGAUUUGUUACUGGCAAGUUUGGGGGCCAUCUGGAGAAGGAAGGAGAAAUCAUGAACGACAUUUUGGGUUUACCGAAGAAGGAUUUCGAUGAAGUCGUCAAGUCAGCCCUACAGGCUAUUGGCGAGGCGUAA